UCCUGCACGGCUCAGGUGAUUCUGGCCAAGGACUGAGACACUGGAUCAAGAACAUGCUAAACCAAGACUUGGCAUUCCAGCACAUAAAGAUUAUUUAUCCAACGGCUCCCUCCAGGCCAUAUACUCCUAUGAAGGGAGGGCUCUCCAAUGUGUGGUUUGACAGAUUUAAAAUAUCUAAUGACUGCCCAGAACACCUUGAGUCAAUUGAUGGGAUGUGCCAAGUGCUUACUGAGCUGAUUGAUGAUGAAGUAAAAAAUGGCAUCCAGAAGAACAGGAUAUUAAUAGGGGGAUUUUCUAUGGGAGGCUGCAUGGCGAUACAUUUAGCAUAUAGAAAACACCGAGAUGUGGCAGGAGUAUUUGCUCUUUCUAGUUUUCUGAAUAAAGAGUCUGCUGUUUACAAGGAUCUUCAGCAAGCUGAGCGCACCCUCCCUGAGCUAUUUCAGUGUCACGGCACCGUAGAUGAGCUGGUUCUUCAUGCCUGGGGCGAAGAGACAAACUCAAAGCUGAAAUCUCUAGGAGUGAGCACAGUGUUUCACAGUCUUCCAAAUCUUUACCAUGAAAUGAACAAAACUGAGCUGGAGAGCUUGAAGUCGUGGAUUCUAACAAAGCUUCCAGGAGAGACUGUAGGGCAGAAUGAAUGAAUGAAUCCUCACCACCAUAUUGAUUAGUAUCUUACAUUUAACAAUUUUUUUUCUCAUUUAAUCCUCACAGAAAUUAGGCUUGGUGAAACAGCCAGCAUUCCCAUCUUUUAUAAAUGGAAUUUAUGAUAUCUGUGUGUUCUCCUUCCACAAAAUUGUCUUGAAAAUCAUCAUGUUGUAAAUGUCAACUGUUUAUUUUGUGGCUGCAUAGAUGCCAUGGAUAAGGUGUUAUUUGCUUGUCCAUUCACCACAGAUUUGGGCUACUUCCUGUGUGGGGCUGUCAUAAAUAGGGCUGUUGUGAGGUGUAAGCAUCCACCCUCACAGUGGAGAGGCUGGGUGAUGCAUUGCCAUUGCCUGAAACUGUCUAACUGUUUCUCAGUGUAGUUUUACCAUUUUCCAUUCCAGUCAGUGUGGUGGCCCCUGGUGCCCAGUUCAUCAUACUUUCAUUUGGCCAUUCUGGUGGCUGCAUAGUGUUCGAUCUCCAUAGUGUUUGAUGUCUGUGAUGCAGGUUUGAUUUCCAUUUUCUUGAUGACACAGAGUCCUACACUGGAGGAUUUUUCCACAUUUGUGAAGAAUCAGUUUGUCCUCCCCAAUGUGUUUCUAGAUUGUCUUUGUGAUAAGUGAUUUAUUGUCAAAUUAUAAUGAUAAAUAAAAUAUGAAUAGAUAAUU